CACUGACGCCCUGCAGAAUAGUAAAUUAUAAAUGCUUCAUAAAAACUCGAUUUGCUUAAAAAAUGACUAAUGGAGAAGAAAUUAGUGCUUCAGCUAAGCAAAAACACAUCGAAGCUGCUGCACGGGCGAAAAAUCCACUAGAAAACUUACCAUAUCGCAAUUACAAAUCUGCAGCUUGUGGCCAGGAGUUUGAACUGUAUUGUCGCGCUAAAAAUGACCUGGAUGCGAAAACACUUAAGUGGGCAUUUAAAUUGGCUGAAAUUAAUGUUGCGCCGUUUUACAAACAACUCAAAAUGGGAUGGCAACCAAAGAUCAAGCAAGCUGAGCUGAACAAGAACUGGGCUCGUUACUUGGUUGCUCAAAACGCAGAGAAACAACCUGUGGCAUAUGCAAUGUUCCGCUUUGACAUAGACGAUGGGGAUAGUGUUCUUUACUGCUACGAAAUGCAGGUAUCGGCCCCUUGCCAACGCAAGGGUCUGGGAAAAUUCAUGAUGCAAACAUUAGAGGCUUGUGCUCGCCACUUCCAAAUGGAGAAAAUAAUGCUCACAGUCUUGAAAAACAAUGAAAAUUCGAUUACAUUUUUUAAUGCGCUUGGUUAUAUUAAGGACGAGACCUCGCCAGAUGUGUUGGCUCAGGCAGACUACCAGAUAUUAAGUAAGUCCACUUUGGUGUGAGUAUUUCCAACGAAUAUAGGACAAAUAAAUAUGCAUGCACACAUAUACAUAUGUACACAUCCACA